CACACGAUUACCUCAGAACGGCCUGGGUGUCACAAUACAUUUUGUUCCGACUUAGACGCGACUCCUCUAAACGUAGGUACGUUCGCUCUCUAAUCACCCGGCGCUCCGGUGGCGAGUCUGAGCUUUUGCGCGCGGCCGUGGAGCGUAUAAAACAAGGUGGCGCGCAGCAGGGGAUGUCAGAUGGAGAGGAUGGAGAGCGAGUGAAGAUGUCGGUAUCGCACGGACCUACAUGCGCCUUUGUUUAAAUUAGAAUCCACUGCCAUCGUUGAGGAGAAAAAGAAAAAGAAAAAGCAACGUGUUUUCCAAAAUGACAACAGCCAUACGUUUUUCUUUUUUGGACACGUUUUCACCUCCUUUCCUCACACAUUUUUAACUCUCCCAUCCCACACCAGAGGAUGUGUGAGUGAGCCGGCCAGCGCCCCCCCCCCCCCCCCCCCCCCGCCGCCAUGCAGCUGAACGAGAGUGGGGUUCAGACGCCGGCUCCGGAGCAGUGCGAACAGGGGCGGCUCCGACGGCAGGAGGCGGGCGCGGACGUGGCCAACUGUAGCGGCGGCCCGUCGGCCAAUCUGUCGCUGCACUGCUGGCUGGAGCUGCUCACCAGGGAGUCCCUCCCGGAGCUGCAGGGCGACGGCUCCAGCAUGGCGCUGCGCGUGCUCAUCGCCUGCGUCUACUCGGUGGUGUUCGCGCUGGGGCUGGUGGGCAACUCGCUGGCGCUCUACAUGCUGCACUCGCGCCACCGCCAGAAGCAGUCGUCCAUCAACUGCUUUGUGAUGGGGCUGGCCGUCACCGACCUGCAGUUCGUGCUCACGCUGCCCUUCUGGGCCGUGGACACGGCGCUGGACUUCCGCUGGCCCUUCGGCCAGGUGAUGUGCAAGAUCGUCAGCUCCGUCACCACCAUGAACAUGUACGCCAGCGUCUUCUUCCUCACCGCCAUGAGCGCCGCGCGCUACUACUCCAUCUCCUCGGCGCUCAAGAUGCACAGCCGGCGGGCGGCGGCCGCGCGCGCCAAGUGGACCAGCCUGGCCAUCUGGGCCGUGUCCCUGCUGGCCACGCUGCCGCACGCCGUCUACUCCACCACCGCCGCCAUGACGUCGGACGAGGAGCUGUGCCUGCUGCGCUUCCCCGACGCGGGCCGCUGGGACCCCCAGGUGCUGCUGGGGCUGUACCAGCUGCAGAAGGUGCUGCUGGGCUUCCUCCUGCCGCUGGCCACCAUCACGGCCUGCUACCUGCUGCUGCUGCGCUCCGUGCUGGGCAGCCGCGCGGCGGGCCCCUCCGGGGGCCCCGAGGCGCAGCGGUGCCGCCACAAGCGGCGCUCCAGGGUCACCAAGUCGGUGGCCAUCGUGGUGCUGGCCUUCUUCCUGUGCUGGCUGCCCAACCAGGCGCUGACCCUGUGGGCCGUGCUCAUCAAGUUCGACCUGGUGCACUUCAGCAAGGCCUUCUACAACGCCCAGGCCUACGCCUUCCCGCUGACGGUGUGCCUGGCCUACACCAACAGCAGCCUGAACCCCGUGCUCUACUGCCUGGUGCGGCAGGAGUUCCGGGCGGGGCUGAAGGAGCUGCUCCUCCGGGCCACGCCCUCCUUCAGCAGCCUGGCUCAGAGGCUGCCCCGCCGGGCCAGGGUGGCCGAGGCGCCCCCCGGCCUGGUGCUGGUGCAGAUGCAGGUCUGA